GUUUUUUUUUUUUUUCUUUUUAAAGGUGUUGAAAAGCUAUGGUGAUACUGUUAUAAUAAUAAUUGUGUCUCAUGCGGUUUCAGUAAUGCCGAAAAGUUUUCAUUUGAUAAGCAGAACUUGUGAUAUGACCUCCUUUUCUAUAAGUUUAGUAAAACACUCAGGAUGUAAUUUAAAGAUUCUUCAGUUGACCAUUUUCUCGAUACCUCAACCCACCUCUUACACCAUUUAACUGUCUUUUAUAAGCUCCACUUCAUUAUCUCGUGAGGGCAAUAUACCUUUUCUUUUCAAUGUCCUUUUUUUUUUAACUACUGGGCUAUUUGCGAUCGUUACUGCAAACUUUGAUACACUCCAGUUAUUUGGAAUUUACCACUGAGGGAUUCUUCGUAUCAAAGUGUUUUCCGCCCAUCAUUUACGACUCUUCGAGAAAGCCUUACUUCUAAUGAUCUAGUCAUGUCUGCAAUAUCUCAGGUCACAGCCGAAACGUGUUAACAACAAACAAGAUGAGGACAAAUAUCCGUCAAAUACAAGUCCACAUGCAGUACCACUGGGUAUCAAUUCUAAUCAAAUGCUGCUAAAUACAGAAAGUAAAGCAGAAGCUCCUAGUAAUGGAGAUAUAAAUGAAAUCUUCUCAAAGACAUCUCUUGCUAUUGACACAAAUGAGGAAUCUGACAAGGUUGGUUUAGAAUUACCUGGCAAAAAAUACCAUCAGUUACGCCAUACAGAUGGCUUUUCUAGAGAUCGACGUCGCCGAAGUGCCUCUGUGGCUGAAGUUAAAGAACUAGCUACUGGACGUCUUCAAGAAGAGCUGAAGAAAGCUCAGAAAGAGUUGGAGUUAAAAGAUGAAGAAUGUGAAAAACUGUCUAAAGUUCGGGAUCAAAUGGGUCAGGAAUUGGAGGAACUAACAGCUUGCUUAUUUGAGGAAGCAAACAAUAUGGUUCAAGAAGCAAAUGCACGUCGUUCUCACACAGAGAAACUGUUAAAUGAAGCCAAUCAAAAGGUAACUUUGAAUUAUUGUUUUUUGUAUUUUGUGUGUCACUAAAAUACAUUUUGAAAUACAGAAUUUUCUUUAA